CAACGAUGAUGAUAUCUACUAUUGUAUCUGAUUGGUUGAAGCAAGUUACUUCACAUUAUAAGCAUAGAGAGAGAGUAUUCAAUGAUGUUUCUAAUCUGUUAGCUUCUUAUCAGACUCUAUCACCACGUACGGAGGUAUAUAUACACGAUAAUGGUGUAUCAGAGUUGCUACUGAAUUUACAUGGCGUUUUACCAAUACAUUAUCGCGGUGUACAGUAUAAUAUACCGAUAUCAUUUUGGAUACCUCAUAAUUAUCCAGAAAUAGCACCAUGGGUUUAUGUAGUACCUACGUCCUCUAUGCUCGUAAAAUCAGGUAAUGGUGUCGAUGCCAGUGGAUUAAUUAAUCUGGAUUAUGUCAAGAAUUGGCACAAGAAACCAGAAGCUUUCAAUCUCGUCGAUCUAUCACUUGUCUUGCGCAACAGCUUCGAAAUCAAUCCACCAUUGUACGCCAAAUCAACCGAGACACAGCAACAACAGCAGACACAAGGAGCACAGACAGGCCAAACGACUCCAAGCCGACCUCAUAAACCGCCUUCUAUUAGUCUGUCACAAUCGAGCACACCAUCGACUUCGAGAGUCGAUUCACCUCCUCGUAGGCCACCACCACCACAUUCUAUAAAUCAAAUAUCAAGCCCAGUGAAGAAUGUAGUCACAUCUGAUACCGCCGAUUUGUUGACUACAGAACCCAAUUCAAUACCACAUACUGCGAAUACUAUACCUGAUGAGAUCAAGCCGGCUCCAACACGGCCAUUAAACCCCAAUACAGUUAAAUUACACGCAACUAUUCAUGCAAUAUUCUCACAAAAGGUCUCACAAUCAUUAGAAAAUCACGGUAAUUUAUACAAUUCUCAGUUAACUCUGAAAAGUGAUCUUGAACGCGCGAAAGAUGUUAUAAAUGAUGAGCAAUCAAGGUUAAAAUCAGUCAACGAAAUAUGUAAAAGUGUGGCUCUUAAAGUAAAUGAAACGACCGAACAGGGUUUGAGUGUUCUCGAAAAUGGACGUAGGAAGGGUGAAAUUGGUGUUGAUGAGAUUGUAUGUGGUGAUAACUUGGUAGCAAAUCAACUAGUCGAUCUUAUCGCUGAAGAUAGAGCUAUUGAGGAUACUAUGUAUCACCUUGGGAGAGCUCUCAACGCCGGUAGAGUUGAUCUCGAGAGAGCUUUACGCACUAUUAGAGAAUUAUCUAGAGAGCAAUUUUUUAAGCGGGCUCUUAUUAAGAAAAUACAAAAUGGAUUAGAAUCAAGAUCUGAUUAUAUGGUUAAUAGUGAUCAAAAUGAAUCAUUUCAUCAAUGAUUAAUCUAUAUAAAUAUAUGCAUACAGUUUAAAAAUUACAAAGUACCUUAUUU